CUGCCCCCAGGCCGGUCUCCAAGGUGACCGCCGCCAUCUUUGAACCGGGCGCAACUCGCACAUGAACGCUUGUGGGUAACCGGAAGUGGAAGUGCACAGACACCUGGAAGUUGUUAUUGUGAGAAAAGACCGGAGGAAGGUGAUAAUAACAGUGAGUGACAUAAAACCCAUGUGGUGCAGUGAUGGAGCCAGAACUAUCAGACCGUUAUGAUCAUGCUCUGUUGGGAAUUCUGCAACAUGUGGGGAACAUACAGGACUUCUUAAGCGUUUACUUUGGGUUCUUGUACCGUAAGACAGACUUUUAUCGGUUGCUGCUGAACCCCCAGGACCGUCUGGGAUUCCCCCCUGGUGCUGCACAGAAUAUGGUGCUACAGACUUUCAAAGUGUACGAGCGGGUGGCCCUGCAGGACCAUGAGCGCAGAGUGCAGGACUUACAGAAGAAACUGCAGAUGAGGGAGGAAGUGAAGGUGCCAGAGAUUGACGGUACCGAUACCGCAGUAGCAGAAGAAGAAGUGAUCAUAGAGGCCCCUGCAGAGGAGGUACCGGUAGAACAAGAAAAGCCAGAGAGUCUGACAGAUGCUCCGAAUGCAGCGCAAAAUGCAGAAGAAACAGAGGCCAGCAGAAAUGACACAGAUGGUUCCGCUUCUGGCUCCACGGGUCAAGAAGAUUUCCAAAUGGACCCAGACAGCUACAAUGGUGCUGUGAGGAAAAACUACUCAUGGUCUCAGGACUACAUGGACCUGGAAAUUAAAGUCCCAGUGUCCAAGGAUGUGGUUAAAGGCAGACAGGUGACGGUGGACCUGCGAAGCACAUGUAUCCGCGUGGCAGUGAGAGAUAGUCAAGGGGAGCGCGUCCUCAUGGAUGGAAGCUUCACUCACAAAAUAAAUGCAGAGACCUCAUUGUGGAGCCUGGAACCUGGGAAAUGCAUCUCGAUCAAUCUCAGUAAAUGUGGGGAAUACUGGUGGAAUGCAGUCCUGGAGGGUGAGGAAAAAAUAGACAUUGAUAAAAUCAAUAAAGAGCGCAGCAUGGCUACAGUGGAUGAAGAGGAACAUGCUGUGCUAGACCGUCUCACAUUUGACUACCACCAGAAGAUACAGGGGAAACCACAGAGUCACGAAAUGAAAGUCCAUGAUAUGCUGAAGAAAGGAUGGGAUGCAGAAGGAUCUCCAUUCAGGGGGCAAACGUUUGACCCUUCCAUGUUUAACAUCUCUUCGGGUGCCGUGCAAUUCUGACACAUAGUAUACAUGGGAACAAGUGCUUUUCUGUCUCUCCUGAGGUCAAAGUUUACACGAUCACAUCUAGAUCACCAAAGCCUUUCCCUAAACCUAUUACCGUAAUCAUCUACUUUUCAUUAUGUAUUUAAAUGCUUAUUUAAAAUAAUUUUGUAAUCAUAUUGAACUGGGACUUGUUCUCAAUUUUCUUUUAUCCGGUGGAAUAUGUGGAUUGGCUCCUCUUUUUCACCCUUCUGUUUUUAGUCUGUGUCAGGCCUUGUGUUAUACGGGUAUAUAAGAGCUAAUGUACUUAUUCACAGUUUAGGCACUUUGUCAGAGAUCCCCGGUUAGGUAAACAUUGGUACAAACACAGGGGCAGAUUUAUUAAGCCUGGUGAAGUGAUAAAGUGGAAGGUGAUAAUGCACCAACCAAUCAGCUCCUGUCAUUUUUUCAAACGCAGCCUGAAACAUGGAAGUUAGGGGCCUAAUUCAGACCUUAUCGUAGCAGCAAAUUUGUUAGCAGAUGGGCAAAAGCAUGUGCACUGCAGGGGGAGGCAGUUUUCGCACAGCAGCCGAUCAGGUCUGAACUGCGUAUGCGCCGUCGCCGCAGUGCACCGGCACAUGACAGACAGCCGACGGCCAUCUCAGCCCUGCGAUUGCCUCUGCCUGAUUGCUGGGCGGGAGGGUUCGGGCCGGUGGCACUUUUAGGGGCGUGGUCAGGGCAAUGCAGGCGUGCCCGGACCGUGCGGGGGACGGGCCGCGGCAGCUGCGUGGCGUCCCCCCGCAUGUCUGAGUAACUGAUCGUAGCCAAUCAACUCUGAAUUAGGCCCAUGAUUUUGCCCAUCUGCUAACAAAUUUGCUGCUACGAUCAGGUCUGAAUUAGGCCCUAGGAGCUGAUUGGCUGGUGCUUUAUCACCUUCCACUUUAUCACUUCACCAGCUUUAAUAAAUCUGCCCCACAGUUUCCAAAGGAUUGCCCUCAUCACCCUCUCCCAGCCUAUGAGAGUUGGACUUCAGUGUUGCCAUUUUUUGUUCUCUGACCACACUAGUAACUUGCAGUUCUCAGUAAUUAUCAGGGUGUGAAAAAUCAUGAUUUUUAAAAAAUAAAAUAAAAAGAUUAUUUUUGUUCUUUAAAUCAUUUUUUUCUAUACAAAUAGUUUUUUGGAGUUUUUUUUCCAUUUAAAUUGGAUUUUUGAAAAAAUGAUCAAGUAAACAAAUAAACCAAGUCAGCACAAUAAUACAAAGAUCUGUUAAAAUACUGUAACUUUGAUAAAUUUAAUUCAAAUGACUUGAGAGUGUCACCAUGGAUCAUGGCAUGGCACCGCAAACUGGGUGAGGUUCAUAGGGUCGACCACACUUCGUUCGACUGUCACUCGGUCGACCACAUCUAAAAUAGGUCGACACAAUCAUUAGGUCGACAUGACAAAAGGGCGACAUGAGUUUUUUUUUUAAAUUGAUGUAUUCUUCGUAGAGUGACCGGGAACCCCAAUAAGUGCACCAUGUCCCCUCACAUGGCUCACUUCGCUCGUCAUGCUUCGGGCACAGUGCCUCGCUUGGCACAGGUUUAGUUCCCGAUUGUAGUCCACGUGGGUCGUAAAGUAUGAAAAAGGAAAAAAAAAGGAAAAAUAAUUGUGAAAACCUCAUGUCAAUCUUUUGUCAUGUCGACCUAGAAACCAUGUCAACCUAAUGACUGUCGACCAUAGUGUGGUCAACGUAGAGACCAGAUACCCCGCAAACUAGAGAUGAGCGGGUUCGGUUUUACUCGGAUUUACCCGAAUUUCCUUAUUGGCUAUCGGACGUCACGUGUUUUGGUUAGCCAAUAAGAAAAAUCUAGAAAAUAAGAAAUGGCGAUAAUUCUGUCGUAAAGAACAGAGUAAAUCCGAACCCGCUCAUCUCUACCGCAAACUACACGCAAACUGCAAAAGGAAAGAAACAUUAAUGAUGUUACAAGUUACAAUAGUUGGCAGUUGCCUGAUUUGUAAAUCUGAAUAAUCUCACACAUUAGGUUUAUUGAACGCCUUAUAAAGAAACAGAAGUUCUGCAGCUUUGUCAGUACCUUUAGCUGUUUUUCAGUUUUGACUUCACCAAACCAAAUUUGGAAAUGAUUCUUUCUGCUGAUGCUGCAGCUGUUGGCAAUUGCCCUACUGCUACCAUUAUAUUGUCAUUACCAGCUACAGUUUCUGAACCAGUGUGCAUUCUCCACCAAUCUUAUCAGCGCCACUGGUGACACAACAUUGUGGUCAAACAAGAGGUCAUUAAACCGGGUUGCUUUUGCUUGGGCCUUGACUAGUGUUGGUAUAAGGGUAUUUGAAUGUGGUUCAUUUUAACACAUUGAGUUUUUAUUUUAUUUUUUUAAAUCGUGAUUUAACUCAAGAUGAUUUAAAUCGGCACACCCUGGUAAUUAUUAAAUGUAAUUUCUGACGUGAUCCACCAGCCGCAGGCUAUGUAUGACCUAUAGCGUCAUACUUCUCUUUCCUUUUUUUUCGCUUGACAUGGGUUAUUCACUGGAUCAUUAUUUAUGUUGUAUAUAAAGACGUUUACAAUCCUUUUUUUUGUAACAUUACAGUAAUAAAAAAUAAUUUCACAACUUGGGAUAAUGGGCAGCAUUUGCUGGUGACUUCUCCAAAACACCAGUGGUGUAAAUGUACCCAGAGAUGUUACACAGGAUACACCACUUAUGAAAACUGUGCUACAAGCAACUGUGUGGAAUCCGCAAUAGGCUGGCACCUUUCUAUAGGUACCUAGGACAGUUUAAUGCCCCCCCUAGAAUGUACAGACUCUCAGAGGAAUCUAUUGGAAUGUCCCCGGCCUGCACACUUUCAGGCAGCCUCACUAAUGAUGAGUAAUAGAACUAUUCGUUCUUAGUAGAAAUCAUCUGCGUUCUCUGUGACAGCGUCCAGUCUUGGGGAAGGGGGGGAUGUUUGGAUUGCAGUUAUAUCUCAUAGGACAUACGGAGGGAAGGCUUUUUCAUUCAGAUACAGACUGUCAGGAAGAAAGCACCCCGGUCCUGAAGUCCCUGGUGCGGUGACUGUCACUUUUAGCUUAAGUUCUAUGGCUUUGGGCAAACACCCAGCCAAGACGGUAUAGUUCUGCAAUUUCCACAAUGGGGGAGAAAUGUGAUAUGCAAAAUCUUGUGGUGCUCACUGCCAGUAAUGUGAGACACAAAAGAUACCUCACAGACUGUUAAAAUGAAAGCAAAAGUUAAAUAAAUUUGUGGAGUGUUGUGGCUGCCAUUUUUCAUUCA